UUCACUUCGCCGCCGCUAAUCACUCUUUUUUUCCUAAUUCCCUCAAAAUUCCAAAUAUUUUCUUACACACAACACCUCGAGUUCUUCAUCAUGAGCAGCAAUUCUAGCACCAAAAAUUGAUCAUCAAGCUUGGAUCUUUUCUCAAUGGGAUCAGCAGCUUCCUCAAUGGCGGCCAAGUUUGCUUUCUUCCCACCCGAUCCGCCAUCGUACAGCGUGUACAUGGACGAGGAGGAGGUGGGAAAAUUGAGGAUGUCGAAUGUGGAGGAGAGAGAAAAUGUGGAUGUAUUGAAGGUGAAAACAAGGAGAGGGAAUGAGAUUGUGGGAAUGUAUGUGAAGAAUAACGCUUGUUGUUGUUCUUCAUUGACAAUGCUUUAUUCUCAUGGAAAUGCUGCAGAUCUUGGCCAGAUUUAUCAACUUCUCAUUCAACUUAGUCUUCAUUUGGGUGUCAACAUCAUGGGGUAUGAUUAUUCUGGCUAUGGACAGUCCACUGGAAAGGCAAGUGAAGAAGACACGUAUGCGGACAUAGAAGCAGCGUACAAAUGCUUACAAGAAACGUACGGAGUAAAAGAAGAGGAAAUAAUUCUGUACGGACAAUCGGUGGGAAGUGGCCCCACUUUAGAACUUGCCACACGGCUGCCGGCGGCGAGGGCCAUCGUCCUCCACUCCCCUAUUCUCUCCGGCCUCCGUGUUCUCUUUCCUCCUCUCAGAAAAACUUUCUGGUUUGACAUUUACAAGAACAUUGACAAGAUUCCACUGAUUGAUUGUCCAGUUUUAGUGAUUCAUGGAACUGAGGAUGAAGUUGUGGAUUGUUCCCAUGGAAGGCAACUGUGGGAGCUUUGCAAAGACAAGUAUGAACCUUUGUGGCUCAAAGGAGGGAACCAUUGUGACUUGGAACUUUUUCCACAGUACUUAACUCAUCUUCGUAACUUCAUUUCUGCCGUACGAAAACUACAUCCUCCAAGGAACAACGACCUUAAACAACAUGUCAUUAAUAAUCCACAACAAAUUAACCAAAGAAUUCCCAAUUCUACAGUUAGCAAUAGUAGUAGUAGUAGUCGUUUUGAGAAAUCAAGACGUUCAAGCAUUGAUCAUUCCAAGCUCAAGGACAACGUCGACAAGUCGAGGAACAGCACGGAUCGGUUGUUAAAGUCGAGGAAUAACUCAGAGAAACCAAGAAAUAGCUUUGAUCGGUUGGGAGAUAUAGUUAGGUCAGUUGGAUUGUGCAACGUAGCGGAUUGUUUGAAGCAUCCAACGGCAGAAACAUGAGAUAUGGGAGGAUGAAAAUGUAAAUUAAAUGGUCUUUCAUUUU